ACUAAUACUCUGCCGUAGAGAACUGUACAGCUGUAACUGAGGUGUGAACUUUGGUGGAGUCUUAUCAAGCUCCUCCCGUGUGGCAACGGCACAUCCAUCAAUACAGUAACGCAUCAUAUUUCGAGUAUUAAUCUAAAAUAGAUAUAAAAUUAUUAAUAUAUUGUAGGAAAAAAUAACAGAAGUAAAAGACUUAAGUUUUUAAUGCCGUUAAAUAAAUUUAUUACUAGAGAAAAAAGUAUACAAAGGAAACAAUAUGUAGUCAUAUCAUAAUUCCAAUUAUGCGUUAUAAAAUAUUAGCUUUAGCUUAAUUUCUAUUGAAACUUAACGGAUAGUUAAAAAGUCCUUAUUCACGCACACGGUUAUCAUCUUCAUAACAAACCCAGUCUGUGAAAAAUGUAUAUUGUAAUUACUUUUAAUAUCUAUUUACGUAAUUCGUAUAGUCUCGGCAUAAAUGCAUAAAAAGCUUAAAGAUCAACCGUAAAUGUUUGUAUACGUAUAGAUAAUUCUUUAUCUGACCUAUAUAAUUGAAUACGAUAUUUUUGAAAAAUGUGAUAACGAAAGAGGAAGUAUUUGGUAUCAGAAAAUGGCGACGAAUGCGUGUGAAGAAACCUCUGAUGAUAUUUUUAACUUCAAAUGUACACAUUGUUCUAGGAUAAACAGACAAAGAGAAGCAGUGAAAUAUUGCGUGGAAUGUCAGGGGUACUGCUGCCAGUUUUGCGUUGACAUGCAUCAGGCAUUUCCUACACUAGUAAGUCAUAAACUGCUAGAUAAAUCGACAGGGUUUUCAACUGACUUCCCAGUUGGAGAUAUGCAGCAUACACAAGAUAAAAAUUCUGGAUAUGUAUUGUGGAACCCACGACGUGGUUGGUUGUUCAAGUUGUAUGACACUAGAACAUAGGAGCUGUACAGAUGUCCAGCUUAUUUCGGAUAUUGCCGAAACUAUGUUUAAGAAGACGGACGUUGAUGAACUGAAUCUGACAUUGAAGGAGAAGAAGAGUGAAGUAGAGAAAGUUAAAACGUCAAGACAAGCACUUCUUGAAGAGUUGAAUGAAUCAAAAACGAAGGCUGUCAAUGUCAUAAAAGCUUAUAGAGAAGAAAUGGAAACGAUACUUCAAAAUCUUGAAACGGAAUCGAUUAAAGAAGUGGAAAAUGAAUUCAAAACAAAGGAGGCAAUGCUGCAAGAGGAGAUACAGAUAGUUGAAAAUCAGAUGAAAAGCCUGUCGUAAGCUGCGGACGACAUGAAACAAUCCGACGGAAAUAUAGCCCAGCAGUUUGUAUCUAUGAAGACAACACAGAAGAGACUUGCUCAAACUGAAGACAUUUUGAACGAUUUAGAUGCUCAUGUACAUGCAAAAGUAUCGUUUACUGCGGACCAAACUGUUUUGGGAUUUCUACAACAACUGAAGGCAUUUGGAUCUAUUAUUCGCAAUACUGUCUACUCAGUCAAGGGAACCAGGAAAAUGAAUAUAAAAGUACAAAAUGACUCAUCUGGUUGCCUUGUGUACGGGUCAUGCUUAACGGAAGAUGGCGAGCUACUGAUACCUGAUUGUAACAAUAAAAAGUUGAAACGGGCAGACAUUGUAAAAUUGUCAGUUGUGGACUAUUGUGAACUCCCCCAUCAUCCACGUGAUGUAUGCGGUAUAGAUAAACAGGAAGCAGUUGUGACUUUAGGCAAUAACAGCAUCCAAUUUGUCUCCCUUGGGAACAAGUUGGCACUAACGCGUGACAUGAAGCUGAACCAUCGUUGUUUCUGCAUUGCUUACAGAAAUAACAAACUUUAUAUAAGUAACAAUAACAAGUCAGUUUAUGUACAUGAUAUGACAGGUACCUUGCUACAGACGAUAUCCAAAGACAGUUCAGGCAAAGAUCUGUUCACCUACAGUCGACAUAUUGCUUUCAGCGAUUGCGGAGAUAAGAUAUUUGUUGCCAAUGGUGAACAAGGUGUAGUAACAGUUGAUGUUUAGUGAUUCCGAUUUAGACAAUACUUCGGGAGUCUGUACAGACGGAAGAGGAAAUUUGUUUGUGUGCGGACGCUGUUCAAACAACGUUUUACUGCUAGGACAAAAUGGUACAAAAAUGGAUGUGGUCAUCAAGUCGCCAGAGGGAUCAAACCAAUCAUGGUCACUGGCCUUUGACGUGCGAACGGGGACCCUAUGUGUAACCCAGUUCAGUAGGAAUACAAAAACACUUUUUGAUCUACACUAAAAAUAACGUUGUUUCCUUUCUGUGCGAUUUAACACAAGGUUGAUAAUUUGAUUCAAUUUCCCCAAAAGCAAGACAUGACAUAAGAAUUUGUCAACAUAAUAUUUUAUGAAAUGUAGUUAUAAUCGUUUACAGGACAGAGUAUCGAUGGUAAUAUAGUACCCGCUUAAAUUCUUACUGAUCGUUUGUUGAAGAGCAUGAGUUUCACUGUAGGAUAGUUUCACCGUAAAUGAAGAUGUGUUUCAAAAAACAGCAACAUUUUGUGUGCAUUUUUGUAAAUAACACUUAUAGUUAAUACCAUAUCAGUUGAAGUCUUUCAGUUAUUUGAAAAUUACAAAUAAUCUCAUGCGAGGUAGCUAUCCAUGGUCCUAACUAAGUUUCUGCCCCAGCAAGAAGUAAUGUAGGGAGGGGUACAUGUGGUCUUCCUACACCAUUUAAGUUAAGUCGCAUUGAUGGAAUUUAGGUUAUAUGGCGACUUUCAAGAUUUUCUUGGAGGAAGAAGACACCAGAUCCCCUUCCGUGCAUUAUUAAGAGGUACGGGCGGACAUAUGGCUAAAACCAUCGAUCUUCAGAGGCCAGCUGAGUGGCUUCCUGAUAAGAAAUUAUUCUACACCAAAAACGAUGAUUCAAAUCCACAGCGGCAAGAGGAAAGUAAGUCAGCGACCUUAACCGUAAUAUCUAUCUCGCGGUUAAUUAUGAGCAAAAGAGAAUGCCGCUAUAGAACGUUGUAAGUUUUGUUAAUUACUAUACAUUUAUUUCAUUUCAUGUUGACAAGAAAUAAAGUUGCAGCAUUUUCACGUU